AUGGCCGAGUCAAACACAACAAGCUUGCCGGAGCACCCAGCGGCCACGACAGCACCCACCAAGAAGCCAGGCUUCGACCCGGCGGAAUCUAUAGACCCUCACAUACUCGCCAAGCUGGACCCGGAGUGGGUGAGCAUGUUCACCGAGUUGAUAAACAAGAACCCGCCUCCGCCGCGCGAGAAGAUAACCAUUCCUGCAAUCCGGGCUGACGAGAGGCUCCUGGCCCCGCCGUGCUACCUUGAUACCAAGGGGUACCCACGCACCGUGGAGAAGGAGGUCGUUUCCGACGAUGGCGCUUUGAUUCCUGUCCGGAUCUAUUAUCCUGAGGAAUCGAAAUAUGGCCCUGGGCCCUAUCCCGUGCACUUGAAUUUUCAUGGAGGCGGUUUCGUGCUCGGGAGUCUGGCGUGUGAGUCAACACUGUGCAUGAGCAUGUGUGACGGCGCAGGUGUUGUGGUCAUUGACGUGAAUUAUCGUCACUGUCCCGAAACCGUCUGGGGCAAAUGUUUCCAGGACGCCUUCUCUGCGCUCAAGUGGGCCCGCGCCGAGUCCGCCGCCCUCAAUCUCGACCCUUCAUCGGUCUCCCUAGGCGGCAUCUCGGCCGGCGGCACCAUCACCAUCAUCGUAUCACACCUCGCGCGCGACGCUGGGAUCCCGCUUAAGCUCAUUAUGCCGUCCGUCCCGUCGACAAGCAAGGGCCUCGCCUACAAGCAACUCAGCGAGUCGCCCUUCCAUUCGCUCUACGAGUUCUACCGCGGACCUGUGCUGCCGUGGGCCAGCAUCCGGUGGUUCGGCAGCCUGAGUCAGCCGCAGGACAAGCUCGACGAGCUGCACGCCAUGUGGCCGGAAUGGUGGUUCGAGCCGCUGGCGGCGACUAACUGGGAUGGCUUGUGUCCUGCCUUUAUCCGGACAGGGGAGUGUGACCCGUUGAGGGACGAGGGCGAAGCCUAUGCGAGAAAAUUGAUAGAAGCAGGGGUCAAGACGACACUCAAGAGAUAUCGUGGAUCGGUGCACACGUUCAUGGCCUUUGCAGGGUUGAAGAAGAAGGAAGAAUAUGAUGCGGAUGCGAUUGCUGCAUUGAAGGAGGCACACAGGCCUGCAUAA